AUGUAUCUCUCAAAAGAAGCGACCCUCCUCCCUUCCAAGGUCGUCUUCUCUUUCGUCUUUCUCUACCCCAUUACGCGCACAAGAAUACCUACCAAAAGAAAUACGGAAUACACCCAGUUCCACGCCCAGCAAGGUCAUCACUAUGGCUGGAAAACAACCCUUCGCGACACCAACGGGUCCAGUCUAUACGAGACAGAUGAUAUGGCCCUUCUCACCACCAUCGUUGAGCGUAACGAUGUGGCCAUGCUCAAACGAUACAUCCAAGAUAAAAUAGACCCAGCAGUGGGUCUGCAUCCAUAUUCACCAGAUUGUAUUGAUCCUUUCUUCACCGCCACCAAACACGGUUGCAUUGAUGCUCUCCGCGUCCUAUUAGACCAUUACCAUGCCAACAUCAAUGAGGCAGAACCGCUCGAGCAGCGAGGAAUUUUCCUACUCAAUCUCGCCUGUCGAUAUGGGCAGCUCGAGACGGCGCGGUUCUUGCUGGAUAGCGAUCCUCCGCUUGGCACUGUUCAGGACAAAGCACCUGGAGGUGAAACGGCCUUACUGGCGGCCGCAGAGUCUUUUGUUUAUUUGAGUGAUGAGCUAGAGCACUAUCACGGGAAUGAUACGCACGCUUGGGUCGCCAAGGAACUCGCCCGACGGGAAGACUUGAUUCAUAUGCUUGUCGACAGGGGAGCUUCUGUCCGCGAUCACCGGGACGACCCGCCACGGCUGCGAUGCAGUGUGCUCGGGCUAGCGGCUUCCCGGGCCAGCUAUGCGCUGGUGAAACGGCUGGUUGACGACGGGGCUGAUUUGCACGCGAAACAAUAG